UGACUUAUAAAUAAUCGAUUCGACUCCCCUUGCCAGUGUUGCAUCCAGCACGCCUCAGCGGAUUGUUGCUGCUUCCUGUUGUUGUUGUUGUUGCUGCUUGUUGUUGUUGUUGCGUGCAAAGUACUGUAGCGUCCGCUCGUCGUCUACCACCGCCCACUGACGGCCUCUUCAGACGUUGAGACGGCGAAGUCGACGAGGAGUAGGGGAGGUAGCGACCAGGGGAGUGUUGAUCCGCCGGGGUUGCAAGCAACUCAAGGCAAGAGGAAAGGGGACGAAUGUCGCAAGUGAAUGUCGCAGCGACGGCUCACGCGAUGCUGGACGUCGGCAAGUGGCCGAUUUUCGCGCUGCUUCCCACGGACGAGGUGCGCAGGAUCCGGCAGGCGUGCGUGUUCGGCACGUCGGGAAAUGAGGCCAUCUUCGUCACUGACUCGGAUGAGGUGUUUGCGAUCGGCACCAACUGCAGCGGCUGUCUGGGUACGGGCGACGGGCAGAGCACGCUGGAGCCGUGGCGCGUCGACGCGCUCUGCGGCAAGAAGAUCCUCUCCGUGAGCUACGGCAGUGGACCCCAUGUGCUGCUCGUCACCAGCGACGGCGAAGUCUACACGUGGGGUCACAACGGCUACAGUCAGCUGGGGAACGGCUGCACCAAUCAGGGCGCGGUGCCCUCGCCCGUCUCCACCAAUCUGGCGGGCAAACGAGUCACCCAGGUGGCGUGCGGCUCCCACCACUCCAUGGUGCUCACGGACGAUGGAGAGGUCUACGCGUGGGGCUACAACAACUGCGGGCAGGUGGGCUCGGGCACCACGGCGAACCAGGCGACGCCACGCCGCGUCAUCGCGUGUCUGCAGAGCAAGGUCGCCGUGAGCAUCGCGUGCGGGCAGACCUCCUCCAUGACCGUGCUGGACAACGGAGAGGUGUACAGCUGGGGGUAUAAUGGGAAUGGACAGCUGGGCGUUGGCAACACGGUGAACCAGCCUACGCCCUGCAGGCUGGCGUCGCUGCAGGGCGUCUGCAUUGUGCAGGUCGUGUGUGGCUACGCUCACACCAUCGCGCUGGCUGACGACGGAUCGGUCCACGCCUGGGGCGCCAACUCGUACGGGCAGCUGGGCAUCGGCAACAAGACGAACCUGCAGACACCCGUCCAGAUCUCCUUUGAAGAGGAGAGGUUCACGGAGGUAGCAGCAUGCCACUUUACGCACACCUCGGCGGGCCGCACCUGCUCGGGCUCCGUGUACAUGUGGGGCCAGUGCCGGGGGCAGUCGGUCGCGGCGCCCAGACUCACGCAGUUCGCCAGCACCGACGACGUGUUCGCCUGCUUCGCGUCGCCGCCCGUCAUGUGGCGCCUCCUCGCCAUUGACAUAGAUGACCACGAGACGAUGGCGCAGUCGAUGAAGAAGGAGUUUGACAACCCCGAGACGAGUGACCUGCGCUUCUGCGUCGACGGGCGCUUCAUCCACGUGCACAAGGUGGUGCUGAAGAUCCGCUGCGAGCACUUCCGCUCCAUGUUCCAGUCGCACUGGAACGAGGACGGCAAAGACGAGAUCGAGAUCGAACAGUUUACCUACGCCGUCUACCGCGCCUUCCUGCAGUACCUCUACACCGACACCGUGAGCCUGCCGCCAGAGGACGCCAUCGGCCUACUCGACCUGGCCACGUCGUACUGCGAGCUGGGACUCAAGCAGCUGUGCCAGCAGAUCAUCAAGAAGGGCAUCAGCAUCGAGAACGGCAUCAUGCUGUUCGCCGCCGCCGUCAAGUACGACGCCAAGGGAUAACCUCCACGCCUCACCUGCCACACCGCCCGGCGCGGCCACCCAACCCCUCCGCUGCCAUCACCGGCCACCAAUCGCCACCGACCGACCGACCGACCGCCUUGCCACUACCACCGCCACGUUCGCACCAGGACCUGGAGGAGUUCUGCUUCCGUUUCUGCGUGAACCAUCUGACGGCCGUCACGCAGACGAAGGCGUUCGAGAGGCUCGAGGAGCCGCUCAUCAAAGACUUUGUCGUUCGCGCCGGACGCGCUGGGGCCUUCAAGUACUGAGGCUGCCCCCCUCGCCGUACAGGCAGCUCAAGGUCUUCCCCCCCCCCCCCCACCCUCGCUCGAUCGCCGUACCGGUGCCCCCGCAUCUGUCCUUUCACGGGGCCUUUGGCAGAGCGCGUGUGUCACCGGCGAGUUAUCUUAAACCGGCCUCGGGACUCCCCAAGGUUCACUUAGCCUUAAAUGAGUAUCUUAUGUAAACAUCAACAGGUUGGAGCCAAAGACGGCUGGGCGUGAGGCUUGGCCACACAACCCAUCUUGUGCACUGCCACCUUUCUUCGCGCUUGCCCCAACAGUCUGUGUGGCUACACAGGGGAAGGAUCUUUGUCUUGACAUAUUUUUUGUUUGUUUGUGCCUGUGAGUUCGUGGGCACAGGUGGCUCUGCCGUUCGUGAAGAGCGGGCUAUUCAACCAAGGCCAGCUGGCUUGGCAGCACACUAUACUUAUUACAAUACCACUGCGAAUGCAAUAGAGAAGCGAGUACACAGAGGUGAGGAUGCGGAGCUGCAGGCGGCGCAUCCCGCUGCUACCAGCACCAAGACGAUUGCUCACCCAGCUGUGGUUUCUGUCCCGAGACUACCUCACGAUGCAUCCCACCUCACCUCACCGUGCGUUUCACCUACACGUGGCUCUGGUCGGUCGGCAUGUCGCGUGUCGUGGGUUAAAGUGAAUGGCUACUGCCACCUAUUCCAAGGUGUGUACUGGCCAGCGUGGAAGAGUAGGCCAAAAGUACCUUCCAGCUAGCAUUUGAUUAGCUGGUGUAGCUCUGCCCAUAAAACUAGCUUGCACUAUCCCUGAGCCUAACCAACUAGCCGUUAGUACUAGCCCUGCUUCCAACCCUAACCAACUAGCCGUUAGUACUAGCCCUGCUUCCAACCCUAACCAACUAGCCAUUAGUACUAGCCCUGCUUCCAACCCUAACCAACUAGCCAUUAGUACUCACCCUGUCUCCAACCCUAACCAACUAGCCAUUAGUACUCACCCUGUCUCCAACCCUAACCAACUAGCCAUUAGUACUCACCCUGCCUUCAACCCUAACCAACUAGCCAUUUGUACUAGCUCUGCUUCCAACCCUAACCAACUAGCCAUUAGUACUAGCCCUGCUUCCAACCCUAACCAACUAGCCAUUAGUACUCACCCUGCCUCCAACCCUAACCAACUAGCCAUUAGUACUCACCCUGCCUCCAACCCUAACCAACUAGCCAUUAGUACUAGCCCUGCCUCUGACCCCACAUCUGCCACUCUGGCAGGGUCUCGCACCGCAAGGCUUGCUGCUUGCUGCCACAUCUACGCGAUGAGCCCUGCGUUUGCGAUUACAGUAAUUGGCGAGGAAUUCGCCCCUUGCCUGUCUCAGCCACGACCCCUGACUCCAUGUCCUUGACACCCAUGUGACCCAUGCAAACGGUUCUGAGCCGCCGUGCGGCAUUGGACGGUAGCAAACAAUGGCACUUAGCUUUACGCUCGUUUAUCGGCGAGAAAUAUUGGGUUUGUUAUAUAAAAAAGAAGACUGUGAAUUCAGGAAAGUUCAGGAAGUGACGUAUAUGGUGGUUGUGCGUUAUUGUUGACCAAUCGGAGAGCAUGAAGAGCCGGUCCAUGACUUUGUGCUGCCUUUGAAAGUAUUAGUUUUGCUCUUAAUUAUUUUUUUAUGAAUUACAAUCACUUUGUUUUGUGUGUUCAUACGGUUGAUCGAUUCCUUGUUUAAAACUCUCCCGUCUGUGAUCUCGUGUUACUUGGCAUGGGAAGCGGAGAGCUCGUUUGCGGUGUGGCCACAAUGAAUUGCAUCGGUUUUUUUUCCGCACGUCAAAUCAAAAUAUCCCAAAAAGAAUCAAUCUGUGGAACACCGAUGCCAGUCACACCCUGGUUAUCUCUCCGUCAAUGUGAUUCACGUCUACUUUCAAACGUCGGAAAAUCAUGGGCCUUCCAUUUGCCUCUGUCCAUGAACUUUGCAACACAAACUCCCAGUUGUUUAAAUUUCCACGUGUACCAAAUGACAGAUCGUACUUGAGAAUCCAAGCAUUUAUGUUUUUAUACUUUAUACCCAUUGUUGUUGGAAGGUUGAUUAUGCUGUGGCUGAACACUCACGCCGUCCUAGAUAUCAAUCGCAGUCGCUCAUCGUUUUAAUUAUUUGCCAAUAAAUGUUCAGUUGUGAGGUUAGUUGCGGUUGGAGCGGACCUGAUUAUUUCGUCACGAAUGUUUCACGUGCAGAGACUGACACACGCAGAAAGAGGAAUGUGUGGAUUUGAGAACAUGCACAAGUUCGAGAGGUCAUCUCGACCGUUGUCACCUGUCCACACGUGACCCACCUGGGCAGUCCAGGUUAUGGCAUCUGAGUUCAGGUGGCAGGAAUUGUUUUGAGUAUAGACCCAGU